UUAGUGUAGUGUGGUGUGCGCGUCAUUUGGUCCCCCGUUCACCUUGUCGUCGUCGUGGAGGUCUCUGUUGCUGCUGCUGCUGUAAGUGUUGUCCUCGCUAGUCUUGUCCUGACCGGACCCGCCCUCUCCCAACCGUAGGUCAUGAGGCAGUGACAAAGGUGGCCCCUGUGACGGUCGAUCUACACACGCGUCGCAGAGUGCACACCCACAGGCAUUGAUGUACUCCAGGGCCACUUACACACGCUCCGGCGCAUGUGCAUCGUUAGGUUAGGUAUGUUAGGCCCCUGGAACGUCCCCUGCCUGUAGCGGUCCUGCGCCUCUGAAGGAAGCCAAGACACACACACACACACACACACAGAGAGAGAGAAAGAGAUCCACGAAUGAUGCGGCACUCCCAUAUGCGCACAUCCACACACUUCCCCUCCCACGACAUUCUCUCCAUUUGCUCGCACUGAGGCUGGGGCCGCAGGGGAGACGUGGGCGUCACCUCGGACGGCCGCUGUUUCAUCCGCGCCUGAUUGAUGGACAAUGCAGGCAAAAAUCAAACCACAUUGCGUGCCAUGUGCAGAAGGGCCCUUUCCCCGUGUGCAUCUCCUGUGCCAGCGUACCUGAGACUCUUCUCGCGACGGUAUGGGGAUGGGUGGAAACUUCGGAUACGACCCAACUGCACCACGCACACACACACACACACACCAACAACCCACAUUCACUCAUAUACAGACGUACACAGCUGUGCAUUCUUCUACUCACACACGGGGAGGGUCUUGUUGACGAAGUUCACCGAGUCCGGGGAACGCUGAAACGAGUCUGCACAGAGAGGACAUGUAUGUGUGGGAAUGGAAGCUCUCACAGUCAUGGUGCCCCGUGUGUUUUGGCGCGAAUGGUGUCUUACGCCUAGGCGGCUGCCUGUACACGGCCAUUGUGGGGUAGCAGGGAACGUACGCGAUUGCAGCGCACACACAAACAAGGAAGGCAUCCAGGUGUACACAUAUACACGAGUGUGGUCUGUCUGUCUAUCUGUCUGUGUGUGAACUUACACGCUGCCGGAGGUGGAGGCGGCGGCAUCAGAUUGGCACCGCCAGCAGGAGGCGCGUUCACCACCACAGGGGCCGGCCGCACCGGCGUCACACCCGGGUUGCCGGCAGGAUGAUGCACAAAGACAGGAGGCUGAACGGGCCUCCGGGUGCACGAGGCCGCACGUUGAGUUAGGGAUGCUGCCCCACAGAGGGCGGAGGCUGCUGCAUCGAGAACCUGAGAGGCUGAGGCCCUGGCCGACCAGCAGCGGCCACAUUCGACACCGACGGCCCAGCAACCUGAAGGACAGACAGCAAACACACGCGUACACACACAAACGUGAUGAAUGGGCGGAUGCAUACUGUGAUGGCCGGCGCUUUGGGUCGCUCAGGUGUCCCAAACGUCGGAGGUACCUGCGCGCCAGAGGGAAGAGAGGGAGAAGGCAAUCAAGUGCCCUCAGGUUGAUACCAUACGUGUGUGGGUGGGUGGGAGCAGUGUGCAAUGGGCGUACUGGAAUUUUGUAAUAUGGUGAGUGCGGUCGAGGAACCGAUGACGGAACUGGCGGCGUCGCAGUCGGGGGCGACCAGUGCUGAAAGCAAGACGGAGGAGACAAGAGAGUGUCGUGUGGACGGAUGGAUGGAUGGAUGGAUGGGUGUGGAUGUAGAUGUGUACCAGUCGGGGCGCAGGCGGCGAGCGGUCCACCUGAGGGAACAGGCGGGGAGGCUGUGUGCCGGUCUGCACACGCACACACACCAGCAGCACACAUGCGGCAAUGCACCAGCUGCAGGAAGCAACCGGUAUGUAUGCAUCACUUACACAUGUGAUGUGCGGGCGCCCGCGUUGAGAAGUCCACGACGUGUGGAUCGACCAGAUCUCCUUGGUCGUACAGCUGCAGGGCGGCUGAAGGCAGCCAGCACACACACAGAGAGAGGACUUGAGUGUGUGUGGAUGGAUGCACACACAAAGGCACAUGCGCAUGCGCACGCCCACAUUCUUACCUUGAAAACCCACCACAGGCAUUUGGUUGUAUUCCUCUCGUGGCCGCAACGCACGGGGCGACGUCUCGAGUUCCGAUGGCCUCUGCUUGACCUGGGCCUGAUUAACCGACAUGGCAGGCAACGAGCAGACCACAGCGAUUGCGCGUGUGUAGAGGGACUGUCCUUUCCCAUGUGCACGUGGACCGCCGAGUCCUCCCGUGGCUGAAUGGGGACGGCAGGAUAAGUCGGAUAAUACGCAACUGCACCACACAGCACGAAGGCAAGGAAAGCAUCCAGGCUUUGGCUCACAUACAGGUGUCGCAUGUCUGUCUGUCUGUCGGUCUGUCUGUGCGUACAUCGGUUGCCUCAAAUGGGUUGGCCAUGCUGACGUG